AUGAGCGACUACCGCCACCACCAUUCACCACCGCCACCAGGGAUUCCACCUCCAUAUCCUCCGCCAGAUUUUCCACCGCCGCCGCCAGAAGUUCCUCCACCACCUCCACCUGGUUAUCAAACCUAUUUCUAUGAAGGCCCUAUAUCCCCACCUCCUCCUCCACCCACUUACACGGAACAUGUUCAUCAUGAUCAUGAGGAAAGUAGUGGUUGCUGUUCAUUCCUAAGAGGGUGGUACGUGUGA